AUGUCGACGAUGCUAGAAGUUUGCGGACCCCUCUCACCGCCGUCAACGCCGCCGUUGAUGGAAAAUAAAGUCGAGUUACCUUUGAAGAAGGCUGCAGUAAAGCGUGCCCGAGAGUCACCAUCGCCGCCGACCGGGCUGGUCACUCCACAACCCUCCGACUCGGAGGGGGAGGAGGAAUUCAGCAAACGGUCGCGAUGCGAGCUGGCUCGCCUGCUACUUACCACACCCCCACCGGAGCCGUGCUGCAGGCCUUCUGUCAUCAUGCGUGCGCACAAAGACGGAACCUGCAGCCCGGAGCCGCUGCCACCGCCGCCGCCCCAAGACAUGAACAUCCUGAAAACACUUAAAUUCAAGAUGAACCGCGGCCAAAGUUAUUCGCAAUACAAAUAUAUGGCAGUGCAAGCUCAAGCCUUGCCGCCAAUUUCAGUGGAUCCACCAAGUCCUCCACCAGCUAAGGUGGAGGAAGCGCGCGUGCCUUCGCCCCAUCCCGAGUGUCCAUCCAUGUUCGUUAAGUGUCCACCCAAACGUAAUGAAACUCAUGACGAACAGCGUGUGCCACAAGUACUGUACCCUGCUGUGGCGCCGUGUACUCCUCGCAGUUUGCCGCCCCUGGCACCGCGCCCCGCGCCAGCAGUAUUGGUACCCGGCACGUUACUUCCCACCACAGCACUAUGGGUGGUGGCGCCCGCGCCAGCUGCCCGCCGUCGGCUCUACGAGUGCCCACAUCCAGGAUGUGGAAAAAAUUACUUUAAAUCUUCACACUUGAAAGCACAUGAGAGAACACAUACCGGCGAAAAGCCCUUCAGGUGUGCCUGGCCAGGCUGCGAGCGACGGUUCUCCCGCUCCGACGAACUGUCCCGGCACAAACGUACUCAUACCGGCGAGAAGAAGUUCGGCUGCCGUGUCUGCAACCGCCGCUUCAUGCGCUCAGACCACCUCGCCAAACAUGUGAAGAGACACGCCAAAGAGAGGGUGCCUCCUGCGCCAGUGCUGAAGCUGCUACCGUCGCCACCUCUCGCCAUACCGGUCUCGAUGCAGACCGCCGUGGCUCCCGCGUUGUAA